AUGCUAAUUGGACAGGUUCUGCAAAUGCAUUUUGACGAAGUUUGGUUUCUGCAAUUUUCACCUAAUGGAAAUUAUUUGGCAUCAUCGUCCAAGGAUGAGUCAGCAAUCAUAUGGGAGGUUACAGACGGCGGUGUAGUGUCAUUCAAGCAUAUACUGGGUCAUCAGAAACCAGUUUUGACUGUUUCAUGGAUCCCAAAUGAUGAGAAACUACUUACUUGUGGCGAAGAAGAGGUUAUCAAACGAUGGGAUGUUAAUUCGGGACGGUUGCUCCAUAUUUAUGUGAAAACUGGUGUUGGUUUCAUUUCCUGUACAUGGUGUCCUGUUGGGUUUAUACUUGCUGGUACAACGGACGAGAGCAUCAGCCUGUGGAAUUUUGAAGGAGAGGAGCUGGAUUGUUGGAAAGACGAAACACUCAGGGUGUCGGAAAUGGCCGUAACUGAAGAUGGAACUAGGAUCCUAAGCAUAUACCAAAAAAGAUCCAUAGCUGUGAUUGACAGGAAAACGAAAGAGCUUUUGAAACUGCUUCCGCAAGCGAAUGUGAUUACUUCCUUCUCGUCAUACAAGAUCCCGAUUUAUCAACAGAUCUUGUUUUGGUGGAUAGAAGAAACAUUCAUUGCAAGUGGAACUGAGGAUUCUCAGGUGUACAUAUGGCAUAGAGCCAGCGGGAUGCCAGUCGUGCGAUUGUGGAAUGAGCAUCCUGGAAGUGUGAACUGUGUGAGCUGGAACCCAGAAAAUAUUUACAUGCUGGAUACUGCUAGUGAUGAUCAUAAAAUUGUAAUAUGGUGUCCUCCAAACGACCCUGUCACAGAAGUUGAAAGUGCUGGCCAGGAGAUGAGAGGAUAA